AUGAGUCACGUUAAUACGCUAGGAAUCCUCGACGGUUGCCCUGUGCCAGAAAGCACAGAGGAGAUCUCCCGAGCGGGUCAGGUCCUGUCUGGUGAGCGUUUCAAUGGUGCAAACCUUACAGAGUGUCUCGUGGAUUCUGUUCAUGCGCUACGACAAAAGGGUGGGGCCUGGAUAACUGUCGACGAUUUGUUUGGGGGGCUUCGUCAGCAGGGGGCACACGGCAAUUCAAGUGUAAUGCUUGUUCGGCUCGGCGGCAACAAAUCCAUUUUGUUGGUGUUCAAGUCUCUGUCAAUGUCGAGCAACCUCCAGGCUGAAAUUGACGAUGUUCGCUCACAUGGGGGGAGGUUCGAAGCUGCUCUUAAAGCCACGGUACCUCGAGAUGAUCCGUCGGCCAUCGAAGAACUUAGGAAAUGGGCAGCGUCCACGCCACCAGGAACUAGGGCUAGGAUUUUCGAUGAGAGUGAUAUCGAGCUGGGUUUGGGUUGA